UCCAAUGCAAGAAAAUCGAAAGCCUGUGCUGGUCGUGCCAACGUCGACGAAGCGAGCUUUUGGGGAAGCUCGAGGAGCAACGGGUGGUGCGAUUUGACGAGUGGCAGUGGAAAGUCAGCUACAGCGCGCCCCAAGCAAUGUUGGCAGAAAAGGACGCGAUUGACCGGAAGGUGGAAAGGCAGGUGGAAAAGAACGCGAUCAAAAAGGAAAAGAGCAAGUCGGGAAGAGUGUCUUGGAGGAAGAGCAAGAAGUAAGGACCAAGGCGUGACGUGUGAUUGGUCGACGCGGGCUGUACCGGACUUCGCGCGCAUGCCUGCUGCUGCUGCGACCGUCAAACGACGACGACGACGAUUGAGACGGCGAGCGAUUGUAUACUACCCACAACCAACCAAUCCAAACAAAGCCACCCACACACACACACAUCGCCCAAGAUGCCGACACCCGAGUCAAUCCAGUUCCGCAUGCAAAAGCCCAAGGUGCCGCCAACCUUUGAGGGCGUCGACUACGACAACAACCAGCAACUCAAGGCGGCUCAGGAUGCCGUCUUGCGCGAGCAAUGGGUCCAGAGCAUGAUGGCACGUCUUCUCAGAGAGGAGAUGGGCAAGUGCUACUACCGCGAGGGUGUCAACCACCUCGAGAAGUGCGGUCACCUCAGAGAACGCUACCUCGAGCAACUGAAGCAUUCCAAGGUCAAGGGCUACCUCUUCGAGCAACAGAACAUCACCCCCAGCUCAAGCUCAUAAUUCCGAACGCCCUACUUUCCUCUCUCUCUCUCUCUCUCUCUCUCCGACUGGCCGACCACUUCUCCCCCGUUCCUGUCUGUCGACCAUCGGCCCUUUUCCUACACGCCUCACAUACCUUGACACGUUUAUCGCGAAGCGAAGCUGCCACACGCCGCUCACA